GCAGUCCUCAGUGGUUUUCAUGUACUGCUCAAUUUUCCCGAAAAAGAAAACCUUGUAAAAAUUUUGCUUGAGUUGCGCACGGUAAAAAGUGUAUAAAUAACGAUUUUUCUCAUUAAUACGCACAAAACGCAUUUUCUACAGGAAAAAUAUUGUUUGAUGGCGUUACAUUUAACAUUUAUAUAAACGCUAUCGAAACGAACUCAGUAGAGUCAAUGUGUGAGUGGUGAAAAUCGUCGAGCAAGGUGUGAAAAGCCAAUCGGUACUGCGCUGUGUCUCCAAGCCACCCACUCGCCACCCAGAAAGUAAAAAAAAUCGAAUGAGUGAUUGACGACGACAAACCGUUGUUUUUGCCAUUUCUUGCCAAUUAUAAAAAAGUAUAAACGCGUCUUCACAACCAGCUAAAUUUGUUGUGUACGUUAAAAAAAAACUAUACAAAUUUGCCCAUUGUGGGCAUAUGUAACUGUGUUUGCAAGUAUUGAAUUAAUUAAUUUGAUGGUUAACUCCACAAAUUUACUAUACAAAACAAAUAAAAAACACAUACACAUGAGACGCAAUUGAAAUCGCAAUCAAUGGUUAUGAUAUACCCAAAUUAGUAGGGAACAAAAAACGGGAGUACGAACGAUAUAAUCAGCGUCGUCAGCGACGUACAAACAGACCACAACAAACAGGCAACUGAAAAAUAAGUUUCAUUGUUUAGCAACGUACUAUUAUUUAUUGUAAGUAUAGUUCAGGUGGCAGUUUAAUUCUUCGUACUUUGGCGUGAGCCCGUCAUGUCCGACGUAAUGAACAUCGAUAGCAUUAUUUCACGUUUAUUAGAAGUGCGUGGCGCACGUCCUGGAAAAAAUGUUCAACUAUCGGAGAGCGAAAUACGUGGUCUAUGCCUCAAAUCACGUGAAAUAUUCCUAUCGCAACCCAUCUUGCUGGAACUGGAAGCACCCUUGAAAAUUUGCGGCGAUAUUCAUGGUCAAUAUUACGAUCUGCUACGUCUGUUUGAAUAUGGCGGUUUUCCACCAGAAUCAAAUUAUCUAUUUUUGGGCGACUAUGUCGAUCGUGGCAAGCAAUCAUUGGAGACUAUUUGUCUGCUAUUGGCUUAUAAAAUAAAGUACUCAGAGAACUUUUUCUUGCUGCGCGGAAAUCACGAAUGCGCUAGCAUAAAUAGAAUUUAUGGUUUUUACGAUGAAUGCAAACGUCGUUAUACAAUAAAGCUGUGGAAAACGUUUACAGAUUGCUUUAAUUGUUUGCCUGUCGCGGCUAUUGUUGAUGAAAAGAUUUUCUGUUGUCACGGUGGCCUCAGUCCAGAUUUGUCGUCAAUGGAGCAAAUAAGACGUAUUAUGCGUCCAACAGAUGUGCCCGAUCAGGGCUUACUAUGUGAUCUCUUGUGGUCAGAUCCCGAUAAGGACACAAUGGGUUGGGGUGAAAAUGAUCGUGGUGUAAGCUUCACAUUUGGCGCUGAGGUUGUUGGGAAAUUUUUACAAAAACACGACUUCGAUUUGAUAUGUCGUGCGCAUCAAGUUGUCGAGGACGGUUAUGAGUUCUUUGCUAAAAGACAAUUGGUGACACUCUUUUCGGCACCAAAUUACUGUGGUGAAUUUGAUAAUGCAGGUGCAAUGAUGUCUGUGGAUGAUACACUUAUGUGUUCUUUCCAAAUAUUGAAACCGGCUGAUAAACGCCGAUUCGUUUAUCCGAAUUUCGGUAGUUCAGCGCGCCCGUUAACUCCGCCACGCGGUGCUAACAAUAAAAAUAAAAAGAAAUAAAUAAACGUGAAAAUUUAGUAGAAUUAAAAAGAAAUUAAUUAUACAAAUACAAAAGGCGGCAUGAAAAAUGCAAAAUUGUUAAAUGAUAUGAUGGAGAAAACGAAAACCCCUACACUUUAAUAAUCAACAACAACACAACACAUAAAAAAACCAGAACUUUUUGUUGGCAGUAUCACACUUUUGUACUAUUUUUAAGUAAAUGCUUACAACAUCUUAUAUUAAACAAUUUCAAAUUGUAUAAAGUUUUUAUUUUUACUAUUUUUUAUGCAAGUGCAUAUUAAUUUCGCAGCACUAUAUUCAAAAAUGCGUGUCAACUUAUUUAAUUCGACAUUGGAAAAUAAUUAUAAACAUAGAUAUAUAUUUCAUUGAAAUGAACGACGCUUUUGAAAAUAGUGUUCGAACAGUUAUUUUUUAAACUAAUGGGGUUUAUUUAGUACAAGUUAGAUGUGUAAUUUCGAAUAUUUGCAACUAUAUUAGACAUUAAGCAGAAACAACAACAAAGUGCAUGUAAUGUGAAAUUUUUUUUUUUUUUUUUAAUGUGAAAUUAUAUUUAUUUUUAACCACAUACAAUUUUUACAUAUACAUAUGUAUAUGUUACGAAAUUUACUCAAACAUUAUAAUUCUAAAUCACAAUUUAUUUCAUUACGCAAUAAUAGCUUUUUUUUUCGCAAUUUGACAAAUAUUAAGUAUACAUUACAAAGCUUUAAAAUAGUUGUUUGUUUAUAAAUAAUAAUUUACAACAAUUUUUACAUAUUGACUAUGAAUAAAAACAAAAUUAUGUUAUAAUACCACAGUUCAAAACAGAGACAAAGAAAAUAUUGAAAUUUCAAUACUAUUGUUAACCUUCGAACAUAUACAGUUGUACGAUAUUAAUAAGAUAUGAUCACAAUUUGUCUGAGUGUAUAUAUAAAAGUUUUAAAUAGCAGCAAAUUUGAGGACAAACAAACAAAUAGAAAAACUCGAUAUGGUUAGUGUUUAAUUAAACACGAUGAAGUGCACGUAUAAUGUAAAAGUAAUGCAACAUUUUUUGUUUCUACGCUUUUUUGGUAUAUUUUGUUAGCGUAUUCCGGUGUUAAAGCUGGUUUGUAAUUGACGUUAUUAUAUAACUCAACUUGAUAUUUAUCAUAUACAUAUGUAUGUGCUUUAAUUACUAUUCUCAACAAUUAAUAUCAAACAAAAUGCAUCCCUAUACCAUAGAUACAUACAUAUGAUAUGUACAUAUGUCUGCGGUACAAAUUUAUGAUUUCUUGUUCCUACCAAAAAUUUUUUUAAUACAAUCUAUAUGUAGAAAUACAAUAAGUUACACGCCACAUUUUUUAUUCUUGUUAAAAAUUUCACACACGCACAUACACUCAUUGGACACACGGCAUGUUUUAACAAAAUUAACUGCAUGAUUUUCUCAAUUUAGUAUUAAGUUAAGCAGUUGCAUUGAUUUACACCAAAAAACAAAAAAAAAAAAACAAAAACAAAAAACUACAACAAAUGCAAAUAUUUUUAAGUAGCAAGCUAAACAACAACAACACAACAAGUGAAAAGCAAAUUUAAAAUGGAACUAACUAAUAAAAAUAAAACGCAUUGAGAAGCAAAAGCAUUACAUUUGAUAAACAAAAUUCUAAAAAUAACAACAAGAACAACAAUAACAACAACAACAAUUAGAAAUAAGAAAAAUGUCUAUGUAAUAAUACAAAAAGCUAUAAAGUAUUUGCAAAAUUAAGAAAAAACCAUGAAAAAUUCGAUUUAUACAACCAACUCAAUACAAGUAAUAUAAAAUAAAAAUAAAGCAUUGCAAUGUAUUGUAUAUUGUUACCAACUAAUUUAAUUGUGUAAUAUGCAUAAAUUCUUCUACGUACUCGAAAAUGAACCAUUUUCCCUUUAUGUGCAAUUAAAACAAUGUGACCUAGUUUAUAAUUUGACUCAUUGACACACCUCAGUGGCUAAAACUUGUCGGUACAAAAUUAUUUGCUUAACACAGAUUGUGAAUACUAGUAUAAAGCAUAAGAAAAGUGCAAGCACUAGAUCAUUCAACUAUUGUUAAACUUUUCUUCGUGUCAUGUCAUGUUCGAGAGUAUUGUUAAAAAGUGGAAAAAGGAAACUGUCUUUUUGAACUUUCUUUGCAAUAAAUAUGUCAAUAAAAGAACAAUAUCUACCAAAACAACCAAGCAAUAAAUAAUUCUAAAAACUAGUUUUUAAAACACAAAUUCUUUUGUUUUUAUAAAUGCAAUAAAAGUGAUUAAUUAACGCAAUAUUGUUAAAAUUGUUUAGUUGUCAAAACUUAACACAAAUAUAUUUUGGUAAAACACAAUAAAAAUAUUGCAAGAAAAAUACAAAUUUUAGAAACUAUUUUAUUAAAAAAAAAUUAGUUUCCACAAAAAAUAAAUAAGCGCGAAGCUCGAAAAGAUGCAAUGUAAAUUUAAAAAAUUAUAUGACAGUCGCGUUCAAAUGUUUCGUGGCAAUUUUCAUAAAUAGUUAUUUUCAAAUUCAAAUUGUUGCUGUAUAUUUAUUUUUUUCCUAAAAUAUGAAAGCAAGAAAAGAAAUUUCUUAAGUUUUCACAUAUGUAUGUAGUUACAAAAUACAGAGCUUCAACAACGAGAAUAAGGUUUCUAGUGACUCUCAAUACAAUAUUUAUUAAUAAAAAAUGCAAUAAAUUUUUCAAAAGUGAACUAAUAUAAAUAUGAACUAUUGGACACUAUAAAAACAAUUAUAUGCAACAACAAAAUGGCGAAAUUUAAACGAUAAUUUGACAAAACAAAAAUGUAGGCAUAUAUUUUUUUUUAAUAUUUUAAGUUGUUUCCAAUCAAUUGAGUACCGUGAAACACUGUUUCUGUAGAAAAAAAUGGUUAGUCUUUGGAAACGUUUGUAUGUCAAUCAAAUUAUAAAUGCAUUAAUAAAAACCUUUGCAUUCCAUUGGAAUUUGUGCAAAAGACAAAGAAAAAUGUUUUUAAAAUAAAUAAAUAAUUAUAAAAAACAAAAACUAUAUUAUUUUCUGGUUACAUCUUCCAACAUAACGCCUAUUCGUGACGUAAAUUGUUCAGAGAUUUUCCAACGGGUAUAUUUACGUCGAUAAAACAUUAUUUCGUAAUCGACCACUUUUCAGUAGGAUUUAUGUAGAAAAUUUUAGUUUGCCGUGGAAAUUUCGGUUUCGGUGAAACAUUUACCUCAAAUUUGGCACAGCAUGGAAUUUAAUAUUUUCAAUUCAGUUCUUGGUACAACUAAGUAUACAGAUUAUGAGUAGCUUUUGAUGCUGCUAAAAUUCUAGUUUACCAAACGAACGUUUUUGUUAGUGAUUUUGAUCAUAUACAUUAACGAUAUGGAUAUGUAAACGAGACAAAAAUAACGUGAAAAUUAUGAAAAGGGGCAAUGAAAAAUUUACAAUAAAAGUCAAAAUUACAAUUUUUGCUCAAAAGAAAAAGCUCAAAAACUUAUGUGAUGUUAAUCAACACAUUGUAAUAGUUGAAAAUAUGAGAACAUACGUUUUUUAUUUUAAUUUUGAAAAUAUUUUUCCUUAAAAGUCUUUUCAGACUUGUUAAAAAUAAACUGGAGAAAAUAUUUAUUUAAUAAUUGAAAAUUAUACUAGAAAGUUUAAAGCGUUUUGGUGGAUUUUUCCAGUGUUGAGAGCUUUCGACGGUGAAUAGAUGGUAUUCAAAAAAAAAAAAAAAAAGAGCAAGUGAAAGUUCUCAUUGUAUAUCGAUAAAAUUUCACCAGAGCUGGUGAAAGCUUCAUAAAGCUGAAUGAAAGCUUUGUUUGUCAAGGCUUUCUUGGAGUUUUUUUUUUCAAAUUUGUGGUCAUGCAAACCACAAACAAAUUCGUUAAUAUUAGUGCAGGCGAAUACCCGAUCUCUAAAUUUAUGAACAACAAUGAGCGAAAAUUAUUAGAAAUAAAUAUAAAAUGAAAUGAAAAAAACCUAUACAUCGAUUGAUAAAACAUUUUUCGUGUUGUUGCAGCUUUUUAAAAUCAUUAUGAAUUCUUUGCCUAUUGUUGUGUUCCUUAAUCAUUCUCCAUCUAUAUAAAUAGUGUACGAAUUGCUAAGAAAACUUUCAUAUAAGUAAACAGCAAUUAAAAUAAUAAUGCAGCUUUGACUAUUUACAAGCAGUACUAUUAAAUAUAUAUUAAUGUACAAUCAAAAUACAAAAAAAAAAUAAUAAACCACAAA